CUUAAGAAACACUUUAUCAUAUUUUGAAUUUUUGAUAGAGAGAGAAGAAAAAAUGGAGAGAAAGCUGUAUGAUGCAGCAAGAGAUGGGAGUGUAAGUACCUUGGUAGAGUUACUUAGAGAAGACCCAAUAAUUCUUGAUAGGGUUUCCACUUUAGGAAUAUAUGCUGAAACUCCCCUCCAUAUAGCUACUAUUUUAGGUAACUUUGAGUUUGCUAAGGAACUCCUAAAAAGAAAGCCAAGCCUUGCCUUCGAAGUUGAUUUACAAAAAUCCAGCCCACUUCACAUAGCUUCUGCAGCCAACAACGUUGAAUUAGUUAAACAUCUCCUGAAAGUUGCUAACUCUGGAAGCAUUUGCCGAGGCCGUGACACACAUGGACGAUGCCCAGUUCAUGUUGCGGCUAUUAGGGGUUGCAUUGGCGUACUGAAAGAGUUGCUGCGAGUUGAUCCUGGUGCAGCUCUCGUGCUGACAGACCAAAAUGAAACUAUUUUUCAUUUGUGUGUCAAAUUUAAUCAAUUUGAAGCACUCAAAUUUUUAAUGAUCGAAAUAUUGUGUGAUGCUGCCUUCCUUAAUUGUGGGGAUUCUGAUGGCAAUACGAUCUUACAUCUUUCAGUUCUUGACCAACAAUCUGAGGUGGUCCGCUUUCUAUUCGAAAACAAGACGAUAGACGUGAAGGCAAAGAAUGCAAAAGGCGAAACUGCAAUGGAGAUCGCUGUGGGUUGUAAUAAUUCCUCCUCUUACUACUUACUACAAGCUGAUUGAAAGGAAGCCUUCAAAUUUGUUGAAGUUCAUGGAAGGCAAACAAGAAGCUGUGAUGGUAGCAGCAUCUCUCCUUCACAGCUGGUGUAACUCCUCCUGGAGGCAUUCACGACGAUACCUAUGACAAGGUUAAUGGAACGCUUCAAGAAGUAAAUACAUGGCAUAAAGCAGGCACUUCCGUAAUGGCCUACAGUAGACGUGGCCUUUACACAGCGUUCAUUGUCGAAAACUCAAUCGUAUUUUUGUUGGUACUUACUGGGUUACCUCAAAAGAACAAGGUCUUCAAAGGGAUAUUUAUGGUGUCGAUUUGUAGCGAUUGCAGCGAGUUACUUCUCCUCCAUAAACAGGAGCGACCAUGUUAUGUGUCAUGAUUUAAAUUGAAAAC